CAGAACUUUCUUUUUCUUCUCAAAGCAACUCGAAAACAGUUUGAGGAAAAUAAACCGGAUGAACUGCACCCCAAGACUCCCUGCGAUAUAUGGGUAGGAAUUUACUGUAAUAAUACAAUGUCCCUUUAAAUACAUAAAUAACCUAGAACGUGCGAUUUCCGUGUGAGUUCAGUGAAUAAACCCUGCAUUUCACAGGUCGCUGCCACCAUGCAAUGCCAAGAAUUAGUAGGUGAUAUGGUCAUAGUCCAUUAACAUUGCAGCUUAGAUUGCUAGCUCUUGCGCUCACAGAAUGUUACCAGGUGUUUGGGAUUAGAGGUCGCAAAAUGCGGAAAUAAUGGUCUGGGGUUUAAAGGGAGAAAGGUAUGAAAACUGUGACAUCAGAGUUAACUUUCAGGGAAUUUGAGAGAGGGCCAAGAAUCCUGAUGGGGGAGGGAGGGGAGGAGAGGGGGAGGAAAUGAGGAAAAGAAAGAGGGAGGGGAGGAGAAAAACUAAACACAAGCUGAAAAGAAGAGGUGAAGAGAACACUUGUUGCGAGAGCUGGUCCAGGAUGGAGAUAUUAAACGGUAGGUAGUUACUGGCUGCUUUUGGAGUGGCCUAACUCAGACAUGGUGCUUCUCGCUCUGGGUGUAACCUGAGUAGAGGCUCACAUGGAAAGUCCUGUGCAAUGUGAGCAACUGUGACAGCUAGGUUUAGGCUGGGGGGGGGGGACUUUUGGAAUUUGGGGGAGCACUAGGUAAGUGUGUGAAUUAUGGGGGGGACAGAGUCUGAUAGUAAGGGGAGACAGGCAUGCUAAAUGGGGGGACAGACCCAGAGUCCGCUGGAAGUCGCUGGUAGGGGGGAACAGGCAUGCUAAAUGGGGACAAUGUCCCAGCUAGUAGAGGGAGCAGAGCAUGCACUAUGCUAGAGAGACAGACCCCAAGUCCCUAAGCUGGUAGAGAGACAGAGCAUGCUAAAUAGAGACAGCCCCAGGAAUCGCUGGUAGGGGAACAGAGCAUGCCCCAACUGAGAGGACAGACCCAGAAGUCGCUGGGGGAGACAGGCAUGCUAACUGGGGGACAGGCCAGAGUCCGCUGGUAGGGAGACAGGCAUGCUAACUGGAGGAAGAGCCAGGAGUCCAAGGGGGGAGUAGGGAGACAGGCACAUGCUAAAUGGGGGGGACAGACCCAGAGUGCCCCGCUACAGAGACGAGGAGUCAGAGACAGGCAUGCUAACUGGGGACAGACCCAGAGUCACGCUGGUAGGGGGGGGAGACAGGCAUGCUAAAUGGGGACAGACCCAGGGAAGUCCGCUGGUAGGGGAGGCAGGCAUGCUAGCAGGAGGAGGACAGGCCAGGGGUCCGCUGGGAGACAGGCAUGCUACACAGAGGGACAGACCAGGGGAGUCCGCUGGUAGGGGAACAGAGCAUGCUAACUGAGAGACAGACCUUAGAAGUCCGCUGGUAGGGGAGGCAAGCAUGCUAGAGACGAACCCAGAGUCGCUGGUAGAGAACGAGCAUAUAACAGGCAUGCUAAAUAGGGAACAGAGCAUACAAUAGAGACACACCAGUGUCCGCUGGGGGAGACAGGCAUGCUAACUGAGGGACGAACCCAGAAGUCGCUGGUAGAACCCAGAGUCGCUGGUAAGGGGAAGACCAAGUCGCUGGCUGAGGGAACCCAAGGCAGCCUUGAAGUCGCUGGUAGGGAGCCCAGAGUCACGCUGGUAGGGAACCCAGGGAAGUGGCUGGGGGGGGAGCCAGAGGGAGACCCAGAGUCGCUGGUAGGGAGCCAGAAUCCCGCUGUGGGGAACCCACGACAUGCUAACUGGGGGAGGACACACAGAAGUCCGCUGGUAGAGGAGGAGCAAGGUAUGCCCCAGCUGGUAGAGGACAGCCCAAACUCACGCUGGUAGGGAGACAGGGUAUGCUAACUGAGAGACGAACACAGGAAUCGCUGGUAAAGGGAGACAGGCAUGUGAAUGAGAGUGUAGAGACACAGAUCGCUGGCAGAGAAUAGGCAUAUGAAUCAGGAAUUUAGGGGAACGAACACAAGUCACAAGUAGAGCAGUAACACUAACACAGACAGAACACAGAAGGGAUCCACAGGGAGCGCUCAGGGUAGCUGGAGACAGGUAUACUAACUGAGACAACACAGAAGUCGCUAGUAGGGGAAGACAGAAGCUAACUGAGAGACGAACACAGAAAUCCCGCUGGGGGAACAGAGCAUAGAAUCAGAGGAACGGAGACAGGCCUAGAAACGUCGCUGGUAGAACCAAGGGGUAGACAACAUGUAACUUUCGAGGGACAGACACAGGAGUCCCGCUGGUAGGGGAGACAGGCAUGUGCCCAAAUCAGAGGUGAGGGGGACAGACACAGGAGUCUGCUGGUAGGAGGAGACAGGCAUGUUAACUGGGGGGACAGACACAGAGUCCGAUGGUAGGGAGAGACCGGCAUACAAAUAGCCAAAGUGGAAUAAGUCAGCAAUGCUUUAGUUUAGCUACUGCGGCCUUAAAUUUAAAAUCACUUUGCAUAUUGUAUAUUUGAACACUGAGCAUGUGAUUGGGGGGGAGAUACACAUUGUGUACUGGGGAAUACAGGGAGAGCUGGGUGUAGUGAGAAAGCUGGAGUAGAAUGGGUGGGGUGGAGCCAAAGACCAGAGACCACCCUGUGAGAAGUGGAUUUCAGUGCUGGGAGUACAGGGUGACGGGCUGGAGUUAGAGGAGCGUGGUGGGUGUUUGGUCACAGAGCUGCACAGGAGUGGAAGGUUGACUGCGUGAAGGAAUACUAAAGUGCCCUGGCGACUUGGUGCGAGACAGCGGUACGUGCCGUGGGAGUUGGUGCGAGACAGCGGUACGUGCCGUGGGAGUUGGUGCAAGACAGCGGUACGUGCCGUGGCGAGUUGGUGCGAGACAGCAGUAUGCCGUGGUGCAAGACAGCAGUAUGUGCCGUGGUCAGUGGACUGGCAUAAUAGUGUGUGCUGGCAGUGGGAUAGCCGUAUGAUGUGCAUGGUUUUCAUUAGAGCCCACUAACCCCUAUUAGUUUUGUGCACAACUGUGUUUCUGCUUUGGCAAACUAAUAAAAUCCCUUUCAAUCUUUAACUGAUUAAGAUCCCACUGGUAAAUCCCGAACAGAUCUGUUCGUUCAGGCGUAUAUUGAACGGAAUAAAAUUUUUGCUCGACCCAGCUGUAACACAUUUGUCUACUCCCUGCCAGCCAGCCCAGGUGUCGGGAAUUAGGGUGCCGUGCAGGGAAGGGCUAGGUAUGUAUGUCCUGACAGCAGGUUAUGGACAGGCUCAAGGUAUGAGUAAGUUUUGCUGUGUGUGCCAUGGCAUUGGAGGGCAGGGACAGGUUUUGAAUGUCUGAUGGCAGGGCCAGGCAUCCGUUGUGGGGCUAGGCCCAGUGUCCAUGCCAGGGAGACUGGGACAGGCUUAGGUGUCCAUUCCGAGAGGGAGAUGCCAGGCUCGGUGUCUGUGCCGUGGCAGCAGGGUCAGGCCCUGUCUGUUCCGGGGCAGUGGGUGCGCGCCUCGGCAACCUGUGUGUUUUGUACCCAAGCACGAUGGGUGCGGUGUUGGGAUAGAGAACUUAGUGUUGUAUAAACCAGACUGCUGUGUGGGCAGACACCGAAAUACACAACCCUGCAGGAAUCUGGUACAGCAGGGACAUGAGAUACCAGAACAAUAGGAAUAUUAUCCUCCCAGCUCCGGCAGCCUUCAUGCUGUGCUAGAAUGAGCUGCCAACUUUCUAUUACACAUCUGCUCCAACAUCCCAACGGAGUACGGCAGAGACACCUUGUAAAUACACCUAAAAGCUACAGCUUCCCACAAUAUCCCCAAAACUCUGACUUGUGCUUUCCUCUCAUCGCAGAUCACCUGCUCGACAUUCUGUCCAUCCAGGAGGAAGAUGGAAAGGAGAACAAACGCCAGGCCCUGAGACUGGUUGUUUUCAUGAGAGCGCAGUCUGACGGAUUAGUGAAAGAAUAUGUAAGUUCUCUGAAUGGCCAUCGUUGAGUUUGGGUUAUUCUGUCCCUCUCGAAAGACUUGCCUUGCAGUCGCAAUUUAUUAUACUCUGAAAACUGUGUAUAGCAUCACAUUCCCUCUGAGCAUUCCAUUAAUACCAGGAUUGCAACAUAUUUCUGGUCUGUACGCUUCGCCAUCCCAGCUAGCGUGGGGACUGAGCAUUGUGGGUAAGGAAGUUCACAAACCUCUAGGUUAUCCAUAGCAUCUUAAAAUAGUCCUAAAUCAAACAUUUUAUGAGAUAAUGGAUAAAGUGGAGAUCUGGCCAGUCUAGAAUAAUUUAUUUCUAAAUCUUAACAACAGCAGAUUAGAGAACUAUGCCAGUAUUUAGGCAUUUUAAAGAAAAUGUCUUCUGAGUUGUCCUAUGAGUUUACAAUCUAGAGGGGAUAGAGCAGCCGUAGGCAACUUCUGCACCCCCUCCCAAAUUAAGAAAUCUAAUGCAAGCUCCUAAACAGUUGAUGUUCCACCAGACAAAGCUCACACAGAGAGCUUCCUGCUUCCUGUCUGAUAUAUUGGAGGCAGGGAGCGAUACUUGGGUAAGAAGUCAAACCAUUCUAAAACUGUUACAAUGGGGGGCCCUCCUGGCACCAUAACCACUACAGUGAGCUGUAGUGGUUAUAGUGAUUGGAGUGUUCCUUUUAAAUAAGCAAUAGUAGUUUCUGAUUACUGUACAAGGGGCGGCAAAGCAGAUAAUCAUUCUAGGAUGUGGGGAAUAGUAUAAAUACACAAAGUAAAGAGGAAUGGAAUGAUAGACCAAGAGGAAAAAUACACUUCUGACAUAGAAAAACAAAUGAAUGUCACAUUAUUGCAAAGUUAAAGAAGUUCAGAUGUGUUUGUGGCUGGAAGCUAUUUAAUUAAGUCAGUGUCCCACGUGUGAACGGUCAGAGAACAGAUGGACCCACGUUCAGUGAAACCAGAGCUGUGUACGCAAAGCGGCCACAAAUGGCGCACAUCAGAGUCCCGUGUCCGGGUGUAGUUAUUAAAAAUAUAAUUUUUUCACACAGCUAUUCAUUUUAAGUGUUUUUCACAUUCUAGUCCACAAUGGAAAAAGUGAAAAAUAUAAACUUUUCUUGUUUUAGAAUAUGAAACUCCCUUUUAAUUCCCAGCAUUUCAAACUUUAAUGAUUAACCCUGAACAUGUUUUAUAGGACACCGCAGUGCGUUCAACUGGAGAAAUGACACAGAGGAAGAUGUCACAGGAGAUUAUAUGUUUAACACCAAGUUGCAAAAUUCUUGCAAAAAAAUAAUAAUUUUUUGAAUUCGCCAACAUCACAGCUUGGCUAAUUUAUCCAGAAUCUUGUAAUUCAUGCAAUUAUAAAACUGUCUCUCGAGUCUUUGAUGCUCACAACCCAUACAUACAGGAGCAGAACCCAGAUGUAGUUAGUUGGUAACUUUUGUUGAUUCCAGUGAUUAAAUCUCAUGUUAACACUCCUAAUGCGCCACUACACUCUUACAUUAUCUAAUUUAUCAACAGAUUCCAUUUGUUCUCCUCCUUGCUUAUACAUGGUAUCUUCUUCUGAUUUACAGUUACAUUUUCAAGGUGCUCCACUGUCUAAUCCUGACUAUAACCAGAAGCCUCAGACAGAAGGUCUACCAACUCUAGAGGACCUCCCAGCCUCCCCCUGGAAGCGGCUGUCUCUUAGUGUCUCUGCUUUCGCAUCUCUGGCGAGUUGGUUUGAAUCUGUCAUACUCUGGCAAACCGACCUCAACCCCAAAGCCAAACAGUUGCACAAACGCUUGGAGACUUGUCACCAGCAGUUAAAAGCCUUGUGUUCCAGCCUUGCCACUAUCCUUGGGAGGACAGACCUCUCCUAUCCUUCCACACCCACAGUCUCAAAGACGUUUGCCAAGAAGAUCGCCGGCUAUGCUGUGUGUGUGAGUUUCAUCAACUGGCUCCAGCAAACUGAAAGGGACCUUGCCAUCCUUAUUGCAGAGACGGCUGUGUAGCUUCAUACAGAUGGACAUUAGCAACUGACCUACCUCACAGAGGACACCUGGUAGAUGUAUCUGAAUCUUGUAUGUAACAGACUUUCACUUAGAACUGGCUGUUACAAGCCAUUAACACUCCUGCAAUACCAAAACUACUGUAGAACCCUGAAUCUUGUCCUGAGCCCGUGGAAAAAGAUAUCACGUUGGAAUGUGGAUGUAGUGGCAUCCCCCGCAGGUUGGACUUUUUCGUUUUAAUCUUUUCCAGCAAGUGCCUAUGGUAUGCAAUGGCUCGAGGCCAAAAGCACGAUCCUUGCGAUUUUCGUAAAAUGGACCUUCUGAUCUUCUUUCAGCCUGUACCAUCUUGGCUCCAUGUGUACAGAUACAGGAUUUAGAUUCCCUUUUGCACACUCAACUUCACUGUUUUAAGGCUUGUAUUUUAGUUUAUAUUUUGACUAAUUUUAAAAAUUAAAGAUGGCUUUUACUUAAGUUGUAUAACUUUAAUUUGACUUCUUUAUGGUGAGCUGGUAGCGAUAUCAUCCCAAAGCAUGGACUAGCAUAACCACCACUUCCUGGGGCUGUCUGACGUAAUGUAGGUUUGUCUUCUCAAAACAGUCAAUUAUCCCGUUCACUCCUAUAAUUACUUCUCAAGUUCCCUGCAUUGUCUAG